GGAAGUAAUGCUAGAUUAUUGCGUUCAUUACGCGUCGUUGCGGCAUGCGUUGGGUUGGGGUGGCUGAUGACAAUGGUCGUAAAUUUGAUGACAUUCAUCCCGGAUAUCUCGGAUCUCGCAAUGUUUUAUACUGCUGCCUACGCCGGUAUAUUUGUCAAUGUGAGCAUCGCAUGCAAUUGGUUUAUCUAUUACUUUAGAAGUGCGGACUAUCGGUAUGAAUUCAAGAAGCAACUCCAAAAGUUGCCGUGCGUGAGAAAUGUUGUCAAACCGUCCAACGAUACGAUAAAACAAAUUUCUGAAGUGAUUACUGUGAAAUUUUAA